AUGCGUUCUCUCCGCACAAAGAGGCUGCCCUUGCGGCCUCUCCCUCGCUAUGUUUCCUCCACCGCAGCCGGCACGGUGGCACCGAAGCACACGCCGAUCAAUUCAGUCCUCAUCGCCAACCGCGGCGAGAUCGCCAUCCGUAUCAACAAGACGGCAGAGCGUAUGGGCAUCCGGGCCACAACCGUCUACACUGAUGUGGAUGCUGCGUCAUGGCACAGCUCCGUCGGCUUCCAGUCCCUGGCGCUGGGCCCCUCCAAUGCAUACCUUGACGGCGACAAGAUCAUAGCCCUGGCCAAGAAGAAUGGAAUCCAGGCCCUCCACCCUGGCUACGGCUUCUUGUCCGAGAACUCCCAAUUCGCCGAGAAGUGCGAGCGCGAGGGUAUUGUGUUCGUCGGCCCGCCGGCCACGGCGAUGGCGGACAUGGGGCACAAGGCGAGGAGUAAGGAGAUCAUGACUGCUGCCAAUGUCCCCUGCGUGCCCGGGUACCACGGCGCAGAGCAAGGCGAGGCCGAGCUCCUUGCGAGGGCCAAGGAGGUCACGUUCCCCGUACUCCUGAAGAGCGUCAGAGGCGGCGGCGGCAAGGGGAUGAGGAUAGUCAUGGCCGAGGACGAAUUCUUGACACAGCUGAAGAGCGCCAGAGCCGAGGCUCGGGCUUCAUUUGGUGAGGGUGGAGAAGUCAUGCUCGUGGAGAAGUACAUUGUGCGGCCCAGACAUGUCGAGGUCCAGGUCUUCGCCGAUAAAUGGGGGAACACACUUGCUCUCGGCGAACGAGACUGCAGUGUGCAGAGAAGACACCAGAAGAUACUGGAGGAGUCGCCAGCUCCUGACCUCGAUGAGGCAACCCGACAGGAUCUCUGGGACAAGGCGAGGAAGGCUGCUUCUGCCGUGGGCUAUGUCGGUGCUGGCACUGUUGAGUUUAUUCUGGACAAGGAUACCGGGAAGUUCUACUUCAUGGAGAUGAACACUCGUCUUCAGGUGGAGCAUCCAGUGACGGAAAUGGUUACCGGGCUUGACCUCGUCGAGUGGCAAUUCCGCGUCGCUGCAGGGGAGAAGCUUCCCUUGACCCAGGCAGAAGUUGAAGAAAACAUGAGGCAGAGAGGAGCCGCCAUCGAAGCCCGCAUCUAUGCAGAGAAUCCUGAGAAGGGAUUCCUGCCCGAUUCAGGGAAAUUGGUACAUGCAUAUCUUCCAUCGGCCUUCGACUCUGACCCCGACGUUCGUCUGGAUUGGGGUUUCAGAUCUGGCAGCACCAUCUCAGAAGCUUAUGAUGGUAUGAUCGCCAAGUUGAUUGUGCGUGGGGAGACUCGCGAGCGGGCAAUUGCCAAGAUGGAGUCCGUCUUGCGAGCGUACGAGAUCGUUGGCGUGAGCACAAAUGUUGAAUUUCUGAAGAGAUUAUGUCAAACUCCAGCCUUUAUCGAAGGAGAUGUUGAGACUGGCUUCAUCGACAAGUGGAAAGAUGCCCUCUUCCAUCCUAGACAUAUCCAGGGCGAGGUGUUUGCUCAAGCUGCGCUUGGUGUUUUGAGCCUCCAGUUACAACGGGACUCUCCCCCCCACGGCGAAACAUUAGGAUUUGGUAACCAGGCUUCAACAAGCGAACGUAAAGUUGCGUUCAAGGUGUUGGAUGGAUACAGCGAUAAAGAAGGAGAGAUUGUGGAGGCCAGCGUGGCUCAAGUCGGACGUCAUCUCUACAACAUCAGUGUCUCUCGCAAAGGUGAAGAGGCUCCUCAGGUCUUUUCUAAUAUCGCUUCUGAGCAAGUCUCCGAAGGCGAAGUCGUCAAGCUGGAGUCUUUCUUCCCCGGCGAGCGCAUCUCUUCAUCAGUUGUGCCACAGUCAGUCGACAAUGACACCAAGAUAACCAUCUUCCAGCAUGGCGUCAAGACCGACCUUUCCCUGCUACCACCGACAUGGUACGAGAAGGAGUUGGGUCUAAAGGAGGUCACUGCCUCGGUUGUCGCGCCAAUGCCUUGCAAGGUCCUGAGAAAUGAAGUGAAGGAGGGCGAGACGGUGAAGAAGGGAGCGCCAUUAGUUGUAAUUGAAUCAAUGAAGAUGGAGACAGUCAUUCGAUCUCCGCAAGACGGAGUGAUCAAGAAACUGGCACACAAAGAAGGUGACAUCUGCAAAGCUGGGACAGUGCUGGUCGCAUUUGAGGAGGAAGAGAGCGCUUCGGAAUGA